UGAGGCACUAGAGCUCCAGGCGCAAGGGCGGGAGCCACCGCUGCCCUUAUGGCGCCCUCCGCCCUCUGGAUCGCGCUGGUCGUCGAACUGCAGCUGUGGGUCACCGGGGACACAGUGCCCGCCAAGACUGUCUUGACGCCCUACCAGCCAGAAUCUGGGAACGAGUGUCAGAGCUUACAGGAAUACUAUGACCCGAAGGUUCAGAUGUGCUGUGCUAAGUGUCCGCCUGGCCAGUAUCUGAAACACUUCUGCAACAAGACCUCAGACACCGUGUGUGCAGACUGUGAGGCAAGCAUGUACACCAAGGUCUGGAACCGGUUUCGCACAUGCCUGAGCUGCCGUUCUUCCUGUAGUGAUGACCAAGUGGAGAUCCACACCUGCACUAAACAACAGAACCGAGUGUGUGAUUGCAAAGCUGACAGCUACUGCGCCUUGAAAACCCAUUCUGGCAGCUGCCGACAGUGCAUGAAGCUGAACAAGUGCGGCCCUGGCUACGGAGUAGACAUUCCAAGAGACUCAAAUGGAAACGUGAAAUGCAGUCCCUGUGCCCCAGGGACAUUCUCUGAUACCACAUCAUCCACAGAUGUGUGCAGGCCCCACCGCACCUGUAGCAUCCUGGCUUUUCCCGGAAAUGCAAGCACAAAUGCAGUCUGUGCGACUGAGUCCCCAACUCUAAGCACCAUCUCAAGGACACGCUACGUAUCUCAGCCAGAGCCCACAAGAUCUCAGACCCUGGAUCAAGAGCCAGGGCCCAGCCAAACUCCAACCAUCCUUGUGUCCUUGGGUUCAACCCCCGUGAUUAAACAAAGUACCAAGGGUGGCAUCUCUCUUCCAAUUGGUCUGAUUGUUGGAGUGACAGCUCUGAGUCUGCUGAUGUUAGGACUGGUGAACUGCUUCAUCCUGGUGCAGAGGAAAAAGAACCCCUCCUGCCUACAGAGAGAAGCCAAGGUGCCUCAUCUGCCUGAUGAGAAGUCCCAGGAUGCCAUGGGCCUGGAGCAGCAGCACCUGUUGACCACAGCACCCAGUUCCAGCAGCAGCUCCCUGGAGAGCUCAGCCAGUGCUGGGGACAGGAAAGCGCCCCCUGGGGGCCAUCCCCAAGCAAGAGUCACAGCGGAGGCCCAAGGUUCUCAGGAGGCUUGUGCCGGCUCCAGGAGUUCAGAUUCUUCCCAUGGCAGCUACGGGACCCAUGUCAACGUCACCUGCAUCGUGAAUGUCUGCAGUAGCUCUGACCACAGCUCUCAGUGCUCUUCCCAAGCCAGCACCACGGUGGGAGACCCAGAUGCCAACCUGUCAGGGUCCCCAAAGGACGAGCAGGUCCCCUUCUCCCAGGAGGAGUGUCCCUCUCAGUCCCAGUGGGAGACCACAGAGACACUGCAGGGCCAUGAGAAGCCCUUGCCCCUUGGUGUGCCCGAUGUAGGCAUGAAGCCCAGCCAACCAGGCUGGUAUGACCACAUUGCAGUCAAAGUGGCCUGACCCCUGACAGGGGUAACACCCUACAAAGGGACCCCCCCUAGACCCUGAACCCAUGGAACUUCGUGACUUUUGCUGGGCCCAUUUCUCUUAGUGGCCACCACAGUCCCAGUUGCAGGUCAAGUGAGGGCUGAGGCAGCUAGAGUCGUCAAAAAUUGCCACGGUGUUUUAUGGAGCAGUCCCAGGAAGCCCUUGCUCUUCUGUGACCCUCUGUAUCUCCUGGGCUCUGGCCUGAUUCUUGCUUCUGAGAGGCCCCAGAGCUAACAUGCUCUCCCAUAUGCUUGGAGAAAGAUAGCAUGGUUCUUCAGCCUGAAUGCUGACCCUGCAGGGCGGUCUCAGCAGGUAGGAGGAAGUGUGGCCUGGUAGGUAGGUAUGGAGGCCCUUUGGGUUAAUGGUAGACUCUUAGAAAGAACCCUCUCCAAACCCACUGCAGUCCUUUUGAUGCAAGAAUCAGAGGCCCCAGCAGGCAGGAUUGCUCUGCUAUAGGGUGCUGGGGCUGUAGCUCAGUGAUCCUGUGUGCUUUUAGCAUGCCUCGCAUUUGAUCCUCAGCUACACAUACAGAAAGUAAGCAGACAGCACAGCCUGCCCCCUGUGUGGUUUGCAUCCUCUGCCUUCGACUUUUACCCCCCCCCCCCCCCCCCCGUGGGCACAUGGAGGGCUGGAGUUCCUCCUCCUGGCCUUCUAACAGCCCUUCCAAGGCCACACCUUCCUUCAGGGAAUCUCAGGGACUGUAGAGUUCCCAGGCCCCUGCAGCCACCUGUCUCUUCCUACCUCAGCCUGGAGCACUCCCUCUACUCGCCCAGGUGCAUGUCCGGGUUAUGCACUGUGAGUUGGAACAGCUGAUGGCAUCGGUUGAAGGGCCCACCCGGAAACAACUGAAGCCAGCUAUUUUGCCAAAGGAUCCAUGCCCGUUUUCUCAUCAACCUGUUCCCCUAGCAUGCCUGGAAGGAAGGGGUUCAGGAGACCCUUAAGAGGCAAGUUUCGUCUCGGGUGCUUGGAUGCCAUGUUCACAGAUUCCACUGGAUAUGAUCUUGGUAGAGGAACCCAGUUGUUACCAUGAAGAUUUUAAAAACUCAGCACUCUGGAAUCAAGAUAUUGGACACUUGGGACCGACGUGUUAGGUCUCUGUAGCAUCAGUCUACAGAUCUUUGAAGGAACACAUCUGCCCCCUGGUGGCCAGUCCUGGGACAACCUCGGGCCUCCUAGGCAACAAAAGAAUGAAUUGGAAAAGACUGUUUCUGGGUGUGGCCUCAGCUCCUGUGCUUGUGUGGAGCGUUUGCACUGUAUGCUGGACAGAAUUCCUGCUUAUAAAUGCUUUUUGUUGUUGUUGUUGUUGUUGUUUUGCACACUGAGCCCUGGCUGUGUCUGGAGACUGGUGUGGGAUUUUUCUGUGGUCCUGUGGGCCGACCUCUUCUGUGUGAGGGAGAGAUGGUUAGUUGGAUCCACAGAGUGUGUGUAGUGAAAAGUUCUGGAGCCACCCCAUCCCCCAUGCCACCUUUACAGCCACUUUUGCAGAGAACCUGGCUAUUUCUCACUUGUAGCCUGUAGAUGUUGAGGGAACACCCAGCCAAGUAGACUCCAGGUGUGCCCCUAUCUCCUGCUCUGAGUCUGGCCUCCUCAGGGGUUCUGUCAUCUAGGACGCCCACACCGUGGGUCUGAACAAUGGCUGUACCAGCUUAGACCAGUUCAGGGCUCUGUGAGCAGAGGACAGGGUCAGGGAACAGUUUGAUUGCUGACACAUUCCUUUUUUUGUUGUUUUGUUUUUUGUUUUUUGGUUUUUUGGAGACAGGGUUUCUCUGUUAGCCUUGGCU